AAAACUAUACACAAAAAAAACAAAACUGAAAAUAGCAACUAAAAUACCCAUAAAAUAAUAGGAAAACAAAAGUGCCACAGAAACAGCUGCUGCAGCAAAUAAAAGAACCGCAACAGCAGCAGCAGCAGCAACACAACUGCUGCACCAACAACAGCUGCAACAACAGCAACAAUAACAAUAACAACAACAACGAUAGCAACAACGACAUCAACAAUAUGGAGAAGCUGCUGCAAUCGACGCUGUUUGUCAUCCUGAUAAUGGCCACAAAAUGCGGCAGUGGCACGGCCCAGAACCAGCAUCACGAAAGCAAUUCCCAGCUGGAUCCCGAUCCGGAAUUUAUCGGGUUCAUCAACAACGUCACAUAUCCUGCAGGGCGCGAGGCCAUCCUUGCAUGCUCGGUCCGAAACCUGGGCAAGAAUAAGGUUGGCUGGCUGAGAGCCUCAGAUCAAACAGUAUUGGCCCUGCAAGGACGCGUGGUGACCCAUAAUGCUAGAAUCAGUGUCAUGCACCAGGACAUGCAUACAUGGAAACUAAAAAUAAGCAAACUGCGAGAAAGUGAUCGUGGAUGCUACAUGUGCCAAAUCAAUACUAGCCCCAUGAAAAAGCAAGUCGGUUGCAUCGAUGUGCAAGUUCCACCAGAUAUUAUAAAUGAGGAGUCCUCUGCCGAUCUGGCAGUGCAGGAGGGCGAGGAUGCCACACUCACAUGCAAGGCGACGGGUAAUCCCCAGCCGCGUGUCAUUUGGCGUCGGGAGGAUGGUGAAAUGAUACUCAUUCGGAAACCCGGAAGUCGAGAACUCAUGAAAGUAGAGUCAUAUAAUGGAUCUUCGCUAAGAUUACUGCGUCUGGAGAGGCGCCAAAUGGGAGCCUAUUUGUGUAUAGCCUCCAACGAUGUUCCACCGGCUGUCAGCAAACGAGUGUCGCUCAGCGUUCAGUUUGCUCCGAUGGUAAGAGCCCCCAGCCAGCUGCUGGGCACCCCCCUGGGCUCCGAUGUACAGCUGGAAUGCCAGGUGGAGGCCUCCCCGUCACCUGUAUCCUACUGGCUGAAGGGAGCGCGAACCUCGAAUGGAUUCGCCAGCGUCUCGGCGACCAGCUUGGAGUCCGGUUCGCCGGGUCCCGAAAUGCUGCUCGACGGGCCCAAGUACGGGAUAACGGAGCGGCGCGAUGGCUAUCGGGGCGUCAUGCUGCUGGUGGUGCGUUCCUUCUCGCCCUCCGACGUGGGCACCUAUCACUGCGUCAGCACAAACUCGCUGGGCCGUGCCGAGGGCACAUUGCGGUUAUACGAAAUCAAGCUUCAUCCGGGCGCCUCUGCCAGCAACGAUGAUCAUCUGAACUAUAUCGGAGGUCUCGAGGAGUCGCGAAAUUCAGCCUGCAGGAGACACACGAGGUGGAAUCCCCUGCUUGCAACGCUUCUGCUGCUGCUGUGGAUGCGGAUAAAGCCAUGUGCUGGGGGAGCGUGAUAUCAAAACUGAGAGAAGAAGAGCCGGCAAUCAAGUAUUCCUACAGAUUCCCUCGGAUACCGACAUCGACAUCUCUCUCUCUCGCCUGCGUUCUUGUUAUUCAUUUCCGUUUCCGGUUCUGUCUCCCGACUCCUUCUAGCGCACACACACAAAUAACACACACAUACAUAUUGCCGGAGGCACCUCCGCUGCCUCAAAAAUAUCAUUUGCAUACGUAUCAGGAAACGCGUUGUUCCCACCCGCGCAACUCUCCCUCCACUGCCCCUCCCCGCCCCUCUUUUCCCGCUCCCAAAGCGACACGAAAAACAGGAUAUCAAAAGUGGACAAUUGGAUGAAAACCCCAAACCUUUGGCCUCCCAACCCCAAACCCCAAAAAUAAUGUUACAUUGCAUAUAAAUUAAAUAUGAAUACUAUAAAAUAGUG